GUUUCGCAUGACAUUUGCUCUGUAUCGUCCGUCACAUCACAUUUCGUCUUUUUUUCACCGUAUAAUUUGUGCGAUACAGUUCAUUCUGAACACAUUUGAUUUCGAUUGAAAAUUUUGCGGCAUAAAAAUCAUGGCAUUCGUUAAAAAAUUGUCAAUGCUGAAAAAUCUUACCAGCCAAGUGACAAGAGUCGGCACACAGGCAAAACUACUUCACACCGGAGUUCGAUUGUGUGCAGCUGAUGUUCAGAAACCAGCACCAAAUUUCCAAGGAACGGCUGUCGUGCAAAAAGACUUUAAGCAAAUUCAAUUGUCAGACUAUAAAGGAAAAUACUUGGUAUUGUUUUUCUAUCCACUUGAUUUUACCUUUGUGUGUCCAACUGAAAUUAUCGCCUUCAGUGAUCGUAUUAAGGAGUUUGAAGCUUUAAAUACUGCCAUUGUCGGUGUUUCAGUCGAUUCUCAUUUCAGCCAUUUGGCAUGGAUCAACACGCCAAGAAAGGUUGGAGGUUUGGGCGAUUUGCAAUAUCCAUUGUUAGCCGAUAUUACAAAGAAAAUUUCCACCGACUAUGAUGUAUUGAUUAAAGAAGAGGGCAUCGCAUUGCGUGGAAUUUAUAUCAUUGAUCCGAAAGGUGUCAUUCGUCAAAAGACGAUAAAUGACCUCCCGAUCGGUCGUUCGGUAGACGAAACUCUACGUUUGAUUCAAGCCAUUCAACAUUUCGAAGAGCAUGGCGAAGUGUGUCCAGCAAAUUGGAGCCGAGACAAAAAUCCAGCUACCAUUAAGCCAAAUACAAAAGAUUCACAAGAAUAUUUCAACAAACAAUUUUCUUAAGCUAUGAUUAUUAUGAGUAUAAUUUUGUGUUCCAAAGAAAUACAUGAGCAAAUACAAAAGUUUUGAAACAAA